AGGGACAUACUUUAUUGCUACCCACAUAAUUAAGACAAGAUGUGUGUAAAUAAAAAAAAAUGGUGGCAUCAUUGCCCCACUUGUUUCCCCACUAUCAAAACGAAUUAAAUACCACUGUCGGCGCAAAUAAGAUACCAGUUACUAUUAUUCUUUUCAACUGUCAAUAACUUUGUGAGUUACAAUGAGAAACGAAAUUUAUUUUCUUUUCCUCACUUCUUGUGUGUUUCACAUCUCUUUAGCAAACAUUAUUGACGAUCAUACCGAAAUAAUAAAUGAACUGAAAUUAAUUGUUGGAUCCACUGUCGAUGAACUUAGUAAAUAUCAGAAUAAUUUUCAAACAGAUGUGAAGAAUUAUUUGCAAAUUGUUCAUACGGAUAAUUUGAGGAAAAUAAAUAACGAUUUGAAUUAUGUCUCGAAUAGUAUAAUGAAUGCAGUGACUGCAGUUGGCUCAACGGGCAAGAACGCUCAGUCUUGUUAUGAAGCUUGUAAAGUCAGUUUAAAGAAUCUGAAUAAACAAACUAAUAACAAACUCGACGAAUGCUACCAUUCAUUCUCAUUUUACACUGAGCCUGCUUUGAAAAUAAUCAAAACUGCUAUUCAGAAUGGUAAAAAUAUUUCCGAAGAUCUGGAUACAAUAUUUAUUGGCUGUACAAAACAUUUGACGGAGUCGGGCGAUUGUUUGAAGGAAAAAAUUGAAGAGGUUCGUAGAACCUUAAGAAAAAUGCAAGCUGACGUGGAAAAUAUAAAAAAUACAGGAACCUCUGCAAUGAAGAAAGCAAAGACUGUUGUCACUUCCUGCAGUGAUAAAGCCGUACGUUCUUUACACGUUGAAGCCACUUUUAACAUUCAACGGGAAGCGAACAACUGCGUACGAAAUAUUUACAAUGAAUACAAUUAUUAAAAUUCUCAAUUUCUAUAAAAUACGUAUGUACCUAUUAGUUUUCGAUCUUAAAUGUUAGAAUUUAAAAAAAAAAAGGAAUUUGAUCAAUUUUUUAUUUAAAAUAUCGAAUUUGAUUCACUGAUGAUAAAAUAUAAUUUUCAAGCGAAAUCGUUUAUUUCUAAGAAAAAAGACGGCCAUAUUGGUUCCGCCAUUUUGAAUUUUGUAAUUAUCGAAAAAUCGACUUUAAGAAAAUAGCAUUGAGAAUGGGAAUAGAAUGCGAGAGGAGAGAAUAUUUUUGAUUGUUUUGUAUUAUAAAAUUUAUAAAUAAUUGUAAUAAAAUUAAAAAUUUACUAAUGUUUAAAAAA